GCGCAGGAUGGCGGUGGAGGUAGUCGGCAGCGCACGCAGUCAGGGACGUACUGCGCGCGUGGCUGGGGCGACGGAGCCGCUCAGACCUGCGCGAGCGAGCCGAGAGCGCCCCAGCGACCGUUAGCGUAGCACGGAGCCGCCGAACCGGAGCGGGGAGAGGGAACGACAGAGAGGAGAGAGAGGAGAGAGAGGAAGAAGAAGAAGAAGAAGACAGAGAAGAGGAGAGGAGAGGAGAGGCGAGUGGCUGCGCGGUCAGGAUGAGCAGCCCCUGUCUGUGCCGCGCUCCGCCGUGCCCGACCCGGCUAGCCGAGGUCACCAUCAGCCUGAAACCCGGCAGGGAGGCGUCCGGUCGGCCCGGCGGCGGGGGACGGGCGGGCGGUGGCGGCGGCGGAGGCGGGGGUGCGGGAGCCAGGGAGACGCCCGGCCGGGCUGCGGGGGGGACGGGGAGCCGGAGCAGGAGCACCCCUCCGGUGCACAGGGCGCAGCGCGGGGUGGAGGGGCGCCGUGUGGUCCGGGUGGGAGCCCGGAGCAAGCCGGAGCCCCAGCCCAUGAAGAACGGCACCGUCCCGGGCAUGCCGCCGGGGCUCUCCCCCUUCGCGCCCUCCUCUUCCUCCUCCUCCACUUCCUCCUCGUCCUCCUCCGGCAGGCCGAGGUGCCGGAGCCCCCCGCCGCCCCCGCCCCCCGUCCGGAGCAUGAGGCGCGCCCGCUGGCUGAGCUACAGCACCUCCAACAUCUACAACUCCAUCCUGGACGGGCGCUUCCGCCAGCUGCAAGACGAGAGAGAGGCGGUCCAAAAGAAGACCUUCACUAAAUGGGUGAACUCCAUCCUGUCCCGAGUGAGCUGCCGAAUUUCAGACCUGUACCUCGACCUACGGGACGGGCGCAUGCUGAUAAAGCUCCUGGAGGUGCUGUCUGGUGAACGACUGCCCAAGCCCACCAAGGGCCGCAUGCGUAUCCACUGCCUGGAGAACGUGGACAAGGCCCUGCAGUUCCUGAAGGAGCAGAGGGUGCACCUGGAGAACAUGGGCUCCCACGACAUUGUCGACGGCAACCACCGCCUCAUCCUGGGCCUCAUCUGGACCAUCAUCCUGCGCUUCCAGAUUCAAGACAUCAUAGUAGAGACGGGACAGGCCGACCAGAAAGAGACGCGCUCUGCCAAGGACGCCCUGCUGCUGUGGUGCCAGAUGAAAACAGCUGGAUACCCAAAUGUCAACAUCACCAACUUCACGACAAGCUGGAAGGACGGCAUGGCAUUCAACGCCCUCAUCCACAAACACAGGCCGGAUCUGGUGGACUACGGAAGGCUCCAGAGGUCCAACCCCACCCACAACCUCCAGCACGCCUUCAACGUGGCUGAGCAGAAACUGGGCGUGACCAAACUCCUGGACCCGGAGGAUGUGUUCACCGACAACCCCGAUGAGAAGUCUAUCAUCACCUACGUUGUGGCCUUCUACCACUACUUCUCCAAGAUGAAGGCGCUGGCGGUGGAGGGGAAGAGGGUGGGGAAGGUGCUGGACCACGCCAUCGAGACAGAGAAGAUGAUAGACAAGUACGAGACCCUGUCGUCGGACCUGCUGACGUGGAUCGAGCAGACCAUCAUCGUCCUGAACAACCGCAAGCUGGCUAACUCCCUGACCGGCGUCCAGCAGCAGCUGCAGGCCUUCAACUCCUACCGCACAAUGGAGAAGCCGCCCAAGUUCCAGGAGAAAGGAAACCUGGAGGUUCUGCUCUUCACCAUCCAGAGCCGUAUGAGGGCCAAUAACCAGAGGGUGUACACACCGCGGGAGGGGGCGCUGGUGGCCGACAUUAACAGGGCCUGGGAGCGUCUGGAGCGGGCGGAGCACGAGCGGGAGAGGGUCCUGCGGGACGAGCUGAUCCGGCAGGAGAAGCUGGAGCAGAUGGCCCGGCGCUUCGACAGGAAGGCCGCCAUGAGGGAGACCUGGCUGGUGGAGAACCAGAGACUGGUAGCACAGGACAACUUCGGGUACGACCUGCCGGCGGUGGAGGCAGCGAAGAAGAAGCACGACGCCAUCGAGACGGACAUCGCGGCCUACGAGGAGCGCGUGCAGGCGCUGGUGGCCAUGUCCCGGGAGCUGGAGUCGGAGCGGUACCACGACGCCAAGCGCAUCGACGCGCGCAAGGACAACAUCAUGCGGCUCUGGGACUACCUGCUGGAGCUGCUGAAGGCCCGGCGGGCCCGUCUGGACAAGAACCUGACCCUGCAGAGGACCUUCCAGGAGAUGCUCCACAUCAUCAACUGGAUGGACGAGAUGAAGGCUCGGCUCCUUUCCCCGGAUUUCGGGAAGCACCUGCUGGAGGUGGAGGACCUGCUGCAGAAGCAUGCGCUGGUGGAGGCCGACAUCGCCAUGCAGGCGGACAGAGUGCGCUCCACCAACGCCGCCGCUCUCAAGUUCGCCAACGGGGACAGCUACAAGCCGUGUGACCCUCAGGUGAUUCGAGAUCGUGUGCAGCACCUGGACCUGUGUUACCAGGAGCUCUGUGCCCUGGCGGCCCAGCGCAAGGCCCGUCUGGAGCAGUCUCGCCGUCUGUGGAACUUCUUCUGGGAGACGGCGGAGCUGGAGAGCUGGAUCAAGGAGAAGGAGCAGAUCUUCUCCUCCCUGGACCAUGGCAAGGACCUGACCAGCGUGCUGGUCCUGCAGAGCAAGCACAGCGCCUUCGAGGACGAGCUGGGGGCGCGGCGCGCGCACCUGCGGCAGGUCAUGGACGAGGGGGACGCCAUGGUGAAGGCCAAGCACUUCGAGGCGCCCAAGGUGAAGCGGCGCAUGGACGACGUGCAGCGGCAGUGGCAGCAGCUGGAGGAGCUGGCCGCCUUCCGGAAGCGGAACCUCCAGGACACCCAGAGGUUCUUCCAGUUCCAGGGCGACGCCGACGACCUCAAGGCCUGGCUGCUGGAGGCCCGGCGGCAGAUGGCCAGCGACGACGUGGGCCAGGACGAGUACAGCACCCAGAGGCUGGUCAAGAGGCACCGCGACCUGCAGGACGAGGCCGCCAAGAACGCGGCCACCAUCGACGCCCUGUCCAAGCAGGCCAACGGCCUCCCCGAGGAGCUGCGCAACACGCCGGACGUCCAGCGCAGGCUCGGGGACAUCAGGGACCUGUACAUGGAGCUCCUCUCCCUCUCCGACCUGCGCAAGAAGAAGCUGGAGGACGCCCUGGCUCUGUACACCAUCUUCAGCGAGACGGACGCCUGCGACCUGUGGAUGAACCAGAAGGAGACGUGGCUGGUGGGGCUGGAGACUCCAGAGAAGCUGGAGGACUUGGAGGUGGUGCAGAACAGGUUGGGUAUCCUUGCCCAAGAGAUGGGUAAUGUUCAGGCGCGGGUUGAUGAUGUCAAUAAAGCAGCUAAGCAGUUGGAGGACAGCAGACACCCCAGCAUGAAGAGUGUGAAAGACUGUCAGACACGUCUCAACAAGAGGUGGGACGCUUUCAAAGCAAUGGUGGAAGACAAGAAACGCAAAGUGGACUCCGCGGUCAGCUUGCACAACUAUGGGCUGGAGUGCGAUGAGACCGGGGCCUGGAUCAAGGACAAGACGCGCGUCAUCGAGUCCACACAGGACUUGGGCAACGACCUGGCGGCCGUCAUGACCAUCCAGAGGAAGCUGUACGGCAUGGAGAGGGACCUGGCCGCCAUCGAGGACAAGUUGGACUUCCUGAAGCGCGAGGCGGAGCGGCUGGCUAAGGACCACCCGGAAAACGCCGCCAGGAUCCUGGGCCGGCAGCGGGAGCUGGACCGGGCCUGGGACGAGCUGAAGCGGACCAUGAGGGACCGGGAGGACUCCCUGGGCGAGGUGAGCAAGCUGCAGACCUUCCUGCAGGACCUGGACGACUUCCAGUCCUGGCUGUACAAGUCGCAGAAGGCCAUCGCGUCCGAGGAGAUGCCCGCCACGCUGCCGGAGGCCGAGCAGCUGCUGGACCUGCACGACGCCGUGCGGGAGGACAUGGACCGGCACGAGGAGGACUACCACCAGGUGAAGGACACCGGGGCGGCGGUGACUCGGGGCGAGACCGACCCGCAGUACCAGCAGCUGGAGCAGAGGCUGAAGGGCCUGGACACCGGCUGGGACGAGCUGCACAAGAUGUGGGACAGCCGCAAGAACUUCCUGGAGCAAGGGCUCGGCUUCCAGCAGUUCAUGAGGGACGCCAAGCAGGCCGAGGCCAUCCUCAACAACCAGGAGUACACCCUGGCCCACACGGAUUGUCCGGACACCCUGGAUGGGGCAGAGAAGGCCCUCCGGAAGCACGAGGACUUCGUCAACACCAUGGACGCCAACGAGGAUAAGAUCGUGGGCACAAUCGAGGGUGGGAAGAGGCUGGUGGACAAUGGAAACCUCUAUUCUGAGAGAGUCAAAGACAAGAUUGGGUCCAUCAAAGACAGGUACAAGACCAACCGAGGCAAGGCCAAGGAGGUUUCUGGGAAACUGAAGGACAACCGAGACCUUCAGCACUUCCUGCAGAACACGCAGGACCUCACCCUGUGGAUAAACGAGAAGAUGCUGACCGCCCAGGACACCUCGUACGAUGGGGCGCGGAACCUGCACAGCAGGUGGCAGAAGCACCAGGCCUUCAUGGCCGAGCUGUCCUCCAAUAAGGACUGGCUGGACAAGAUCGACCAGGAGGGCAAUGAGCUGAUGAAAGCCAAGCCUGAGUUCGGCCCUGUGGUGAGGGAUCGGCUCUCCAAGCUGCACGAGCUGUGGGACAAGCUGGAGUCCACCACCCAGGAGAAGGACCGCCUCCUGUUCGAUGCCAACCGCUCCGAGCUGGUGGACCAGAGCCUGGCCGACACCAAGAAGUGGCUGGGAGACCUGCAGCAGCAGCUGCAAGGGGACGAGGACGUCAAGGACCUGACCAGCGCCAACAUCCUGCUCAAGAAACACCAGACGGUGGAGAACCAGGUGCGGGACCGGGCGCGGGAGAUGGAGGAGCUGAGGGACGCGGUGCAGAGCCGCGCCUCCCAGAGUCCCGAGCUGGAGGCGGAGCAGCAGGCUCUGCAGACGCAGUUCCAGAGGCUCCUCCCACCGCUGGCCCAGAAGCGGGACAAGCUGGAGAAUGCCAAGGCCGUGCAGCAGUUCUACAGGGACCUCGCCGACGAGAUCCUGUGGGUUGAAGAGAGGUUGCCCCAGGCAACGUCACAAGAGCACGGAAACAAUCUCCAAGCCGUCCAGCUGCUUCAGAAAAAGAACCAGACCUUACAGAAGGAGAUCGAGGGGCACCAGCCGCGCAUAGACGAGGUGCUGGACCGCGGGCGGCGCAUGGUGGCGGGGGGCAGCCCCGAGUCGGACCGCAUCGGGGAACAGACGGGGGAGCUGGAGGAGGUGUGGGCGCGGCUGCAGGAGGAGGUGGCCAAGCGAGGGAAGCGGCUGGACGGCUCCAGGCAGGCGCAGCAGUACUACAGCGACGCAGACGAGGCCGAGGCCUGGAUCGGGGAGCAGGAGCUCUACAUGAUCUCCGACGAAAAGCCCAAGGAUGAGCAGAACGCCAUGCUGAUGUUAAAGAGGCAUCUGAAUCAGAAGCAGAAUGUUGACGCCUAUGGCGACUCCGUCCAGAAGCUGGCAGACCGCGCCCAGAAGAUGCUGGCCGAGGACCAUCCUGACGGCGAGGCCAUAAUUCGGCGGCAGGGCCAGGUGGACAAGCAGUACGCCGGGCUGAAGGAGCAGGCCGACGACCGCAGGAAGAAGCUGGAGCACGUCUACCACCACUUCCUGCUGAGCCGCGAGGUGGAGGACCUGGAGCAGUGGAUCGCCGAGCGCGACCUGGUGGCGUCCUCCCAGGAGAUGGGCCAGGACCUGGACCACGUCACGAUCCUGCGGGAGAAGUUCCGCGAGUUCGCCCGGGAGACGGGGUCCGUGGGCCAGGAGCGCGUGGACGCGGUGAACCAGACGAUCGACGAGCUGAUCGAGUCGGGACACAGCGAGGCGGCCGCCAUGGCGGAGUGGAAGGACAACAUCAACGAGAGCUGGGCCGACCUGCUGGAGCUCAUCGACACCCGGGGCCAGCUCCUCACCUCCUCCUACGACAUCCUCAAGUACUUCUAUGAUGGCAAGGAGCUGGUGGCGCAGAUCCAGGAGAAGCAGACCCAGCUGCCCGAGGACGUGGGCGAGGACUUCAGCAAAGCCGAGUCCUUCCACCGCAUGCACGCAGCCUUUGAGAGGGACAUCAGCACGCUGGGAAAACAGGUGCAGCAGUUCCAGGACACCGCCACGCGUCUGCACGCCCAGUACGCGGGUGACCAGGCCACGGACAUCCAGACGAUGGAGCACGAGGUGGUGGAGGCCUGGAAGGCCCUGCUGGACGCCUGCGACGGGCGGCGGGCCCAGCUGGUGGACACGGCCGACAAGUUCCGCUUCUUCACCAUGGUGAGGGACCUGCUGGCCUGGAUGGAGAGCAUCAUCCAGCAGAUAGAGACCCAGGAGAAGCCCAGGGACGUGUCCUCGGUGGAGCUCCUGAUUAAGUACCACCAGGGCAUCCGCUCAGAGAUCGACGCCAGAGACCCCAAAUUCAGCAACUGUGUGGAGCUGGGGCGCACCCUGCUGGCCCGCAAGCACCGGGACUCUCCAGAGAUCAAAGAGAAGCUCAUCCAGCUGAUGGAGAAGAAGAAGGAGAUGAUGACCAAGUGGGAUGAGCGUUGGGACUGGCUCAGGCUAUUGCUGGAGGUGUGCCAGUUCUCGCGGGACGCCUCGGUGGCAGAGGCCUGGCUGGUGGCGCAGGAGCCCUACGUGGCCAGCAGGGACCUGGGGCAGACGGUGGACGAGGUGGAGAAGCUCCUGAAGAGGCACGAGGCCUUCGAGAAGUCCGCCUCCACCUGGGACGAGCGCUUCUCCGCCCUGCAGCGCCUGACCACGCUGGAGCUGCUGGAGCUGAGGAAACAGCAGCAGCUUAGGUCAGAGGAGGAGCAGCGCACUGAUAGGGACAGCAGGAGAGAAGACACCGGGUUUGCAGAAGAGUCCUCAGAGUUCUACACCGUAGAGGACCCUUCUCUGUCUGCUUCCGGGCCCGUUGGUUCGAGCUCGGGGCGGAUGGACGGGUCUGUGGAGGAGCCCGCAGCGCUGCCAGUGCCUGAGACGCAGGCCAGCGGCUCCGGGCAGACGGGCCCCUCCGCGCCAGGACUGGCUCCGCCCCCCAGGGACACAGAGAAGGCCGCCACCCUCCCCACGGACCCCCCCAGGAGCCAGGCUGUGCUGCUGGAGGGCAUGCUGGGACGCAAGCACGAGCUAGACGGAACCGGAAAGAAGGCCUCGAACAGGUCCUGGAACACCCUGUACUGCGUGCUGAAGCCCGGGCAGCUCUCCGCCUACAAGGACGUCAAGAGCUACGGCUACGGCGUCACGUACCACGGCGAGGACCCGCUGCAGCUCGGCGGCGCCGUCUUCGAGGCCCUGCCACACUACAAGAAGAAGAAGCACGUGUUCAAACUGCGGCUGGCGGAUGGCAGCGAGUACCUGUUCCAGUGCAAAGACGAGGAGGAGCUGGAGAGCUGGAAACAGGCUCUGGAGAGGGCGUCGGAUCCCCAGUCGGAGGACGCGGGCGCCGGACCCUCGGGAGCACGGGCCCGCAGCUUGCCCCCGCCCUCGUCCCUCGCCCUCCCAGAAGCCAGUUCUGCCAAGAAGGACAAGGAGAAGAGGUUCAGCUUGUUUACAAAAAAGAAAUGAGGAGGGGGCGGGUGUGGCCAGGGUCAAAGGUCGCUGCGCAGCCAGGCUUCCUUUUUAAUCACUGUCCUGAUUUUUUUACAUCAACAAAAAAUUUGUAAGAUUUAAAAUAAUAAUAAUAAUAAUAAUAAUAAUAAUAAUAAUAUGUUAAGUAGGAAUGCAAAUCACUCUCUUCCUGCCUGUAUUUAAGCCAGUGUUUCUGCAAUGCUGAAUUUUUAACUCUUUUCUACACUCAACAGAUCCACACUUUAACCAAAAACACAAACGCUCCUUUCACGAUCAACCAAAGAAUGAUAGCAUUAUUUUAUUUUCCUUAGGAUUUUAUUUUUUUAUUUUUGCUUCCUUUUCGGCAUGCUUUGUUGUACUUGUGUGUGCUACAUACCAUAAGACUUUUUAAAAAGUUUUGUUAAUUUGCCUUAUUCCUAUAAAGAAAUGGUUGUGAAUAGUAAUACUGUGUUGUUAGCGUCAGGGUAUAGGUUCUAUUAGAGUCUCCAUCAGGAUGGGCUAAAUUAUUUGUAAAUGCUGUUUCUGAUGACACAUUAACAGAUUUGGCGAAAUACUGGGUUGUAUAGUACUAUAUGGCAUAAACGCACCCAGUGUCAAAAUGCAAAUAAGUAUUCAAACUGUUCCCUCUGAGAAUUAUGAAAUGUUAAUCUUCGACUAUUGGAAGCAGGUAGCACUGAUUUUAAAAUGAGACUAUUUAUAAACUGUCUGGUAAACUAUAAAGUUAACUAACUUCAGAACUGUCAGACACCACUAAAACACUAUACUGGUUUAGAAAUUAACCCCAAACUGCAGACAAUCUUUAAUUUAAAAAACUUGAAUUAUGGCAAAAAAAAAAGUGUAUGUAUCAUUUUACAGAUUUCCAACUGACAUGAUACACAGUGUGUCCAAAUGUGUUCCUUGUUUAUGGAGUAAACUUUUGUUGAAUAUGGUGCUAACUCUUAUAGGAAGGGGGUCAAACUUGUCCUGUUGCCAUCGUGACACCUCUUCCAUCUCAGUAUACCCCCCUCCCCUCACCCCCACCCUCUAAACUCAGUGCCAAGAAGCUUUUCCACAAAAUGGGAAAGGUUCCUGGGAAUAGGUGAAUAGAAUGCUUUCCCGGGAUUUUGAAUGUUGAGGCUCCAGGAACUGUUGGGAGAAACGGAUAGUGAAGUAAGAGAUGCUGAAGAAGAAGAAGAAUUAGAAAGAGUUCAAGUGAAAGGUGAAAGAAUCUUUAAGUUCACAAUUUAUUCUAAAAAGUUAAUGUUUAUUUUUAUUUCUUUAAAAAGAUUUUAAAAAUUCAAUAGCCGGUCGCUCUCUCCCAGUGGAAGAUCGUAGAUAAUUUGGGAGAAUACUCACACACAAACGUAGAUUUACUUUUAAAUCACUGACUGAAAAAUUUACAUAGGGGGGAAAAAAUAUAUAUGUGGAAAAUGUGUUUAUAUUAAGAGUUUGUUAUAUUUCUAAUUAUCAACCGAAAUGGGAAAAGAAGAAAAGCGGACUAUAGCAGUUUUAUUUUUUCAAUUGCACAGAGCAGUUCCCCCCUUUUAUUUUGACACGUCAGAAGCGGCCAGUUCGCGUCCUUCCUGAAGGACAGCCUUGCACUGAAAGCACAGCCGUUACCUCCCUCACUCCCGCGGACCUGCACCCACCUGAAGCCGUCCUUAAAACGGCCCUUUCGCCCAUCGCCUCCCCGUUCCCCGUCCAGUCCGGUCGGCCCGAAGGCUUAGCAGCGCAUGUCGUCCUCCUCUGUCCUCAGCUUCCUGUUCUCCGGUCCCUUCAGUGGGGUUUAGCCUGUAUGUUUUCUACUCAGUAACCGUGUAUCCAUUUUCCAAAAUGUUGGUUUGCACAGGUCUGACGUUUUGAGAGCCGAGAG